CUUCUUCUCUCUCGUGCGUGGGUUUAGGUGUUACGAUUGAAUUAGCUGCGACCAUUGUUUGAGAGGUGUUACGGAUUGAAAUCGCUGCAACCACUGUUUGAGAGAAUCAAAGAAAAAACGAAGGAAGCCGAUUGUUCGGAAAAACUUGGAAAAUAUGGCGAAUAGUAAGUACGAGUACGUGAAGUCAUUCGAAGUGGAAGACGAAGUUAUGUUUCCCAAUUUGAUAAUUAUCCAUAUCGAUAGCCUUGAUUUUUCGAGAUUUUCCCAAGUUCACAAGUUUGAGAAGCCUAAUGAUGAGACGGCUCUAAAUUUGAUGAAUUCAUGUGCAUCUUCGGUUUUGGAAGAGUAUCCUGAUAUAGUCUUUGCAUAUGGAUAUAGUGACGAGUACAGCUUUGUAUUCAAGAAAACAUCAAGAUUCUACCAGAGACGAGCCAGUAAGAUUCUGUCUUUGGUAGCCUCAUUUUUUGUUGCGGUCUAUGUAACGAAAUGGAAAGAGUUCUUUCCUCAUAGAAAAUUAGUAUAUGCUCCUUCAUUCGCUUCAAAGGCUGUAAGUUGCGCAUCAAUAGAGGUUCUUCAAGCUUACCUUGCUUGGAGACAACAUGACUGCCACAUCGGUAAUCAGUAUGACACAUGUUUUUGGAUGUUAGUAAAAAGUGGAAAGACCUUAAGUGAAACACAGGAGAUUUUGAAGGAUACACAGAAACAACAGAGAAAUGAGCUUCUUUUCCAGCAAUUUGGUAUUAAUUAUAAAAUGCUUCCUGCAUUGUUUCGUCAAGGAUCAUGCCUUUUUAAGACAAAGGUAGAAGAAACUGUAAAGCAUGAUGAGAAUGGAAAUCCUGUAAAACGAUUGAGGAGAAGGGAAACUUUAGUGCAUUCAGAAAAUAUUGCUGGAAGAAGCUUUUGGAAUGAGCACUCCUCUCUUCAUAAAGAUCUUGGACAUUUUGCAAAAGAAAUUGGCAAAAUUGAACCAGAUUAUGUUAAGUCGUUUCAGUUUGAGAGUAGAUUAUUACCUUUAACUUGGGUUGUGGUUAGGAUUGAUGGCUGCCAUUUUCACAGAUUUUCUGAAGUUCACGAAUUUGAGAAGCCAAAUGAUGAGCAAGCUCUGAAACUUAUGAAUUCAUGUGCAGUGGCUGUUCUUGAAGAGUUUCAGGAUAUUGUCUUUGCCUACGGCGUUAGUGACGAGUACAGCUUUGUUCUUAAGAAUAAAUCUGAGCUUUACAAAAGACAGUCCAGUAAGAUAAUAUCUGCAAUUGUAUCCUUCUUCACAUCGACGUACGUGAUGAGAUGGGGAGAUUUCUUCCCUCAUAAAAAAUUGAAAUACCCUCCAUCAUUCGAUGGACGAGCUGUUUGCUAUCCAACAUCAGAUAUUCUCCUGGAUUAUCUAGCUUGGAGACAAGUCGACUGCCACAUCAAUAAUCAGUAUAAUACAUGUUUCUGGAUGCUUGUUAAGUCUGGAAAAAGCAAAACUCAAGCCCAAGAUUACUUAAAGGGUACCCAAACACGAGAAAAAAACGAGUUACUUAGCAAGCAAUUUGGAAUUGAGUACAACUCAUUACCUGUAAUCUUCCGCAUGGGUUCUUCCGUUUUCCGCCUAAAGAUGCAGGAAGGUGUUACAGAGGAGAAUGGAGAAGUUUCAGGAAAGCAAGUGGAAGCAGAAGUGGUCGUAGACUUUUCUAACAUUAUCGACCCAUGUUUCUGGCAACAACAUCCUCACAUUCUUUAGUUUUUGUGCUUAUGGAUCUAUUUAUCAUCUUAUUAAGCCUAUGAAAAGAGUAGAAUCUUCAUCUCAAUAAACUACCAUUAUCUUA